AUGGACUUGCAGUCCCGAGUGACGUUGUUCAUGAACAAAGUUUCGCCCACAAACAUUGGGCGUUUCGUGGAGGAGGCUCGGUCAACUGAUGGUGAGUUGGCGAUGGGCUUGGGGAACUCCGACGACAACGUUUACAGAAUGGUUGCCAACUGUAUCCUCACUCACAGUGUGUGGUCUGGGAUGAAGCGUUCCUCCGCUGCCGCACUGACGGUUGCAGACGUCAUCCUGGCCCUGGAUAGUUCUGCCAGCGAGGGGGUUCAUGCGGCCGGCGCACCAACUUUGACGUCGUGCGUGAUUGAUUCAGUCAUGCUCAACAUGCUUGAGCACUUCUUACUGGCUGGAGAAGGCGACAGAGAGAAUCAGUUGUUGAAAGCGCGUGAGUGUGCAAAAGGAGUGGCUCGGCUUAUAGGGCAGCUCUUCAAAGCAGGACUGUGCCCUUUUCCGAAGUUCGAAGCGAUUCUGGAACGGCUCUCCAGACAAAACAUAUUUGCUUCCGAGGCUGCUGAAUCACUUUUGGAAGAGGAGCCUCACGUUUCUGGCUUGCCCCAAUGUGUCUUGCUCAGUGGCCGCAUGACCAAGGUGCAGCCACGGGUCGGAGAGUCAGUUGGGGAUUUCAAGACUCGCCUGGCAAGGGCAAUGCGCGUCGCGCCUGGAGCUUUCGUCUUCUGCCUAGGUGGUAGCGAGCCGCAGAUAGACGAAGAGAUGCAGCAUUUGGGGGAUGCACAGCUUCAGGUCAUGGUGAAGACUCCGGUCCUGAAUGAGGAGCAUCGGGUGGAGCACACAUGCCUGCUGCUGGCGGACACUGCCGCAAAACUGCAG